AUGGAACCCGCCGACCCCACGAAAACCAUCUCCGGUGAUCUGCCUUUCCGCCUGGCUGGAACGACCAAGCAAAAUAGUGGGUAUUCGAAUUUGAAGGGCGACGAUAAAGCUUUCAAGGAGCAAGACAACAAUGAUACCCCUGAAGCUGCAUUUCAACCCAAGAUCAGUGCGAAGCCAUCGGAGCCGGCCAGCCAAGCAGAAGAACAUACUAUGCAACAGAUCGUCGACAAUCUGAAGAGGCGAAAGUACAAAGGUCCCAAAACAAAGCGUGGCAGGGGCAGGCCAACAGGCUUCGAGAAAUGGAACUGCGAUGGACCUCUCACUGUCGAUGAGUUCAGGGAAGAUCGCUACCUUUACGAGCCUUCUCGACCUUUCAUGCUUCGAAUCGAAGAGGCUUUAAUUCGUUUCGAUAGAUUCCGACGUAUGGAGCCUGAGCGACGAAACAUCUUUCACAAAUACCUUUCCUACGGUGGAAUCGCGACCGGUCACAAUUAUGGUGGUGGUCUAUCAAACCAGGACAUGAAAACACUGACUGAGGAAGAAGCUAUGCGUGCUCGCACCCAGCUUGGAAUACACAAGGAGCGAGAGGGAAUGGAGAUUAACUUCAACAAAGUUGCCCGGGGCUUCCUUGGCUCAUUCUUUGGGCAGUUCUUUUCCCCAUCAAAGCAGAGCGAGAUCGACCUCGGAACUGUUACGAUCCACAACUUUCUCACUUAUCUCCUAUUCCAUGAUGUCUGCCCGGAGUACAAGGAAGAUAUCUUGCAAGCUCGGGAGACAUGCAAUCUCGCCUCCAAGGAGCUGUGGAAAAAUCUCAAGCUGCUAUCUCGAAGCCCUGGGGCCUUCAACAAAGCGUGCUCUUUUCUCUUUGGUGGCUAUCAUUUUGAUAUUCGCAAUGACUCUUCAGACUGGAGCCUGCUGAAGUACGGUAUUACCUUUGGUGCCGCAUACGAGGUGUAUGAGCGAUUCAAAGGGGCACUCGAGGAAGACGAUCCCAACUUGACCGUGAUCCCAAUCCGUGACAUUGAUGGUUUCGAGAUCGUCUCUAUCGAGGAGGCAGCUCCACACGUCCUUGUCAACUACGAGAAGCAUGCAGCUGGUCAUACACCUGUCGGAAUUGUCCAUGCCAAGUCUUUCCGGGACCCAAGCAAGGCAGAAAUUGACCUUAGUCCCCAAGAGCAGUGGGACUGGGACCAUGGGAAGGCUCCAAGCUACUCCUUCACGUUCUUGCUUGAGACUGACCUCCUCCAGUUCUGCUCUCCGGGACUGAAGAUUAUUACCAAGGUCAUGGAGCUUAGCUGCGGGCUUCACUUCUUUGAUCAGAUGAUAGCUAUUUACCCGACAUUUUACGAAUGCUUGCACAAUGACAUGAUGCUUCAUUGGAAAACUCCAAAGAAAAUCGCGCAACCUUUGCAACCCUCUAGAGAGGCAUCUGUGUUUAAUGAGAUCGUUUCCGGGAGCCCCGAGACUCCCAGCCAGCCAAAAAGUGAGCAAGGGGGGCAAAAGAAGGUCGAUACGAAGCAUUAUGAAGAUAGCGAUACCGAUUUCGACUAUUAG